GAUAAAACAGUGUUUAUCCCUCUUUAGUGCAUCUAGAUCUAUCCGUUCUAUUUCGACAAGUAAGAGGAUACCGCGGUUUCUCUUCUUCCUGCGUCUGCUAAUUGAUCCGCUACUUCCUCUUUCGAUCUUGGAACUUAAGGUGCAAAUAAUACUUCUUUCAUCCAAGGGAAAUUUUGAAUUGCAAGUAUGUUGAGGCGAAGUAUGCACCUUUUGCAUGCCAAGGCAAAUAGAUACAUGUACAGCUGCUAAAUCAUAGAGUAGUGGGCAUGAUGUAUAGAUAAUAGUUAAGGAACAACUUGAAAGAGUGCCAGUUUUCUCUUUGGGAACUCUGCAAAGAGAGGGGAGAGAAAAGAGGAUGUCAAGUAGCAGAACCACGCAUUGGUGUUACAGAUGCAGGAGGCCGGUUCGCCUGCGGGGGUGUGAUGCUGUCUGCCCCUACUGUAGUGGAGGAUUUGUUCAAGAACUGGAUGAUCUGAUGCACAUCAACCCGCUGGAUUUCUUUGGACUGGAUAGUGAUGAAGACCGUGACCCAAGGUUUGGUCUCAUGGAUGCUUUCUCAGCCAUGAUGAGGCAGUGUUUAGCUGAGAGAAGCUUUAACCAUGACAUCAGGGGGAGGUCAGGUUCUAUUCAUGAACAUAGUCCUGGCUUUAGCCCUCUCUUGAUUUUUGGUGGCCAAAUUCCUGUAAGGCUGUCUGGGAAUGGUGGGUUUGAAGCUCUCUUUAAUGGUUCUCCAGGAAUUGGCCUUGCACGGGGUAAUGCUGGCGAUUACUUUUUUGGUCCUGGAUUAGAAGAGCUGUUUGAGCAGCUUUCAGCAAAUGAUCGACGGGGCCCUCCCCCAGCAUCCAGAUCAUCAAUUGAUGCAAUGCCGACCAUUAAGAUCACACAAAGGCAUCUUCGUUUGGAUUCACACUGUCCCGUGUGCAAAGAUAAAUUCGAACUAGGAUUUGAAGUAAAACAAAUGCCAUGUAACCACAUGUAUCAUUCAGAUUGCAUUGUCCCAUGGCUUUUGCAGCAUAAUUCAUGCCCUGUUUGUCGGCAGGAGCUACCGCAGAUGGGGUCAGGCAGCAGCCAAAGUUAUCAAAGCACAGGUGAACGAAGUAGAAGCAGCAGCUUUAGCAGUGGUACCAGUGGGAGGGAGAAUAACCGAGAGAAUCAAGGAAGAAGAAGUCCUUUUUCUUACCUGUGGCCAUUUCGCUCAUCCAAUUCGAGCUCAAGCAAUAAUGGAACAGCCGGAAGUAGCUCGCCAGGCAUGCAUGAAAACAACCACCACAUGGGAUAUUCUGGAUGGCCGUUUGACUGAAAGGUUUGCCUGGCUGUCCCAGUCAUUUAAAAAAUUUGGUGCUAAAAGUUGGAGUUGUUUUAGAGUCCUUAUCCCUUGCCAGUUUGUUUUACGAAGUGAUUUGAGUUGGGUUGAGGGUUUUAUGUUACCUGGACCUCUAUCUGUAAAUGACUUACAGACUUCUGUUUGUUGGGAAGAAGUUGUAAUUUCUCAGUUGUGAUAUGAUGUUAGUUGAAGUUGCUGCUAUUAAGAGUUUAUAUGUACUGUAUGCAGCAGGAGGGUGUUGGACUGUUGUUAUCCAGCAAAACAUUGUUCAAACGAAUUCCUAGAGGCCAUAAUUUUUAUCCUUGCCUGUUAACUGUA